CCAUGUUUAUAUCAUGUAUCUUGAUCUAUUUCUUUCCCAAUGACAUCCACUGGAUUAACUUCGAUGUCUAUGUUUUACAAGAAAACAGCUGUACUUGUAUUAUCGAGUACUUUCCCCUUGAACUGGCAAACAUCUUGCGGCCGCGUUUAACUAGAUCUAGUUAGGGGCGGAAUUGAAAAACGCUUGACUAUAGUAGGAUGACCUGGACCCACUUGGGGGGAUAUUAUAUCUAGAUUAGAUCUAAUUUCGCUAUGACUUUAUUGUUAAGAACCAGACUUUUUAUUAACCUAUAUCGGAUCUGGCUGUAAAUCUAGUCAUAUUGAUUUACUUAUGUGGGAAUUAAUUACAUUUAUUUCGCUUUGAAAAAAAUUAAUUAAUUUCAUCUUUGUGCCGAGGGCCUUCCCGGCGUUCCAAAGUGACUGGCAGCUUGUUCCUUUCAACAGUAUGAGAUGAUCAUCAAUCACGUGAUCGCAUAUCGUCUGCUGUGCACAGCCCUAAAUGUGGCCUUGACCCAAGCGUACUUCGUGGUCCCGAAGAUGACAGACAAGUUGUAUAUAAAAAAGGGUGACGUCAACAUCGGGGUCAUCCUCUCGAUGACCGACUAUGACGCUUCCAAAACCUGCGGGGAUAUGGUGUCCAGCUUUCUGCCCAUAGAACUGACCGAGUCCAUUGCGUUUGCCUUGGACAGAAUUAACAGCGAAAAAACUGUUCUGCCUCAGUUAAGCUUGGGUUUUGUCAUGACUGAUGCUUGCAAGAAAGAGACGGUGGCAGCUUUGCAAGCUCUGAGAUUUACGCCAAACUCAAAUACAGAAGACUACCUGGAUACAAACAUCACCACCUACCUCCAGUCGUUCAAAGUGGUGGCGGUGAUAGGAACAGACGAGAGCACCACAACGAUGCCAGCUGCACAAGUUCUCAACACUGGCAAGAUACCGCUGAUGGCUUUCUACGCCUUUGACAACAGACUGAGUGAUUUUAGCUACUAUCCCAACUUCAUGAGCGUGUCCGCCCCUGAAACUUUUAUGAUUCACGCCGCUUUGAAGUACCUGGCCUACAAACAGUGGUACUACUUGAACCUAAUCCAUGACGAGAGCGCUGUGUCGGAGAACCUUCUCAGGGAAAUGUCCAAGAUGGUCGACUUCAACAAAUUCUGCAUCGACACUCAGGUCAAGGUCACCAGCGACACCAACGUCACCAAGCUUGUGCAGUUCUUCGUCAAGAACGACAACAGCUCCAAGGUCAUGUUCGUUAUAGCAGACGCCCCAGUCUUAAAGAGGAUCUCGGACGCUAUCAAGAAAACGGACUCCACGGGGAAGCUACUCUGGAUAGGGCUGGAGAAAUGGACGAACUUUAUGAGCUCCCCUGACGGAAUCAAGGGUUCGAUUGGGAUACAUUUUUUUUCUUAUAUUCCUGCUGGCUUUGCUGAGCACGUCCAGCAUUUGGAUAACUCUAGCGCCAACCCAUGGUUAGUGCCCUUAUUUCGGACUAAAUAUAACUGCAACGAUGCUAUAUGUAUCCGUAGAUUCAUAAAACUCAACCACGGAAUGCCAUCGGCUUUGUCUUCUCAGACGUACCUGGCUACGUAUAUGGUUGCUCAAGCUAUUGCACUUCACCUGUCGAUCUACUGUCCGAGGUUCACGGCCAAAAACGCAGAAGACUGUCUCUUGAGCAAUAUAGACACCUUCCCGAAGACCAUUCGGAACAUCUCACUCCGAGGCUACGACCACUACGUGCGCAUCAACGAACGAGGUUUUCUCGAGGACAGCUAUCUGGUCUACCAGAAGUCAAACAAGGACAAGGACCCACUUAGGCCGGUGACGACCAUAUCUAUAGAGGACGACUCUCUGUCCACGCUGGGGGAGCUGGACUGGGCCACAUACCAGUUCCGCUUCGAGAUACUUAAUCCGACCUACUUCUGCAUGCCCCAGUGUGCCUACAACGAGUAUCGAUACACCAUCUCCAAGUGCUGCUGGUCCUGCAGGCAAUGCCAGGACAACGAGAAGGUCAGCGACAUAAGCCAGGUCUGCGAGCAGUGCCCCGUUCUCUACUGGCCCCAAGAAAUCAACGGCCACUCCGUCUGCGUCUUCAUCCCGCCCAACUACUACAGGUGGAACAACCCAGUGGCCGCCCUUCUGAUUGGCUUAGCCAUGGGCGGCAUAGUUAUCUGCAUCGUGAUUUUCCUGUUGUAUUUUAACCAUAGGGCCCACCCAGUGAUCAGGGCCGCCAGCAUAGAGCUCAGCUGUGUUCAGUUAGCGUCAUGCAUUCUGGGCUACUGCGCAGUGCCUAUAUUCUUAAUGAAGCCUACGGAUAUAGCCUGCAAGAUAGCUCUUUUCCUGUUCCGGUUCAGCUGCAACAUACUCUUUCUCACCAUGCUCAUUAAGGCCGUGAGAGUUUAUCGCAUUUUUAAACUCUCCAAGAAAAACAAGAAGAUUACAUAUGCAGGGUCAAAGUUUCUCUUAAUUAUAUGUGUCGGUCACCUUAUCCUAGAGGCGGCGGAGCUUUACAUCACGAAUAUGUUUUACCCUCUGACGGUGGAGAUUACGCAGCCAGAGAUGAAGGUCAACUACACGGAGCUCUCGUGCAAGUUCCAGAAAGCCCACCUCCUGCCCUUUUUCAUCUUCGACUUCUUUCUCCUCAUCAUGUGCUCCCUGUUCGCCUUCAAGACGCAGACUCUGCCCAAGAACUUCCGGGAGAGCCGCUUCGUCUCCAUGUGCAUCAUCACCACGCUCAUCUUGUGGAUCGCCUUCAUGCCCGCCUACAUGACCCUCAUCAGCAACAACGCCAAGACGUUGCUGCUCGUCUGCGCCGUCCUCAUCAACCAGACCAACCUCAUCAUCUUCAUCUUCAUUACCAGGCUGGUGGCGUGGAAAUACCACACCGCGCACAGAAAAUCUGUUUUCUUGACAACCAUCUCCUAAGGCAGACAUCAAACAUUUCCUUCAGACGUGUAAAAUUUCGUUCGACGAUACCCCCUCCCCACUCUGUAGACCCAAACUCCACUUGAGAAUGAAUUUUUUUAUUAUUAUUAUUGUCUUCUAUUAAAUUUGAC